AAUAGUUUGUUGUUGUGAGUGUUGACAAAAAAAAGAAUAAACUUUUUCCUGUGUGAAUUUGCAUUAUUUUCUCUGAGAGAGCAGUUUUACAAUCUUAUGACAAUGGAUAUAUAUGGAUAUGCUGGUUUUCCUUAUAAUCAGUCGGAUGAAUUAGCGAAACAAAUGUAUGCGCAUCAGGCCCUGGCUUCGUCGAUACCCUACAAUAAUCGGGCGUUAGCAGAGCCGCAUACUAUGCCUGCUCCCACAGGAACACCAUGGAACGUCCAGGGUUUACCCUGGGGAAUGCCGUCACCUCCUCAGCUGGUCCAGUUUACUGGUCAGCCACAACUCAUGGAACCAAAAAUUAGUCCUGUAAUCCACUGCAAGAGAAAAAGCUUGGACGUGGAACCAGUCAUACCAGCAAAGCAACUAAUAACUGAAGAGAAAAUGGCCGCCCACCUUAACAGUCUUCACAUAUCAUCAGAGUACACAACACAUGCCCUCGCUACUCCACAAGAUGUUAUGGACAUUGGUAUGGAGCCCGUUAGUGAAAAACUGAAGGGUCACACAAUAGUUUUGUCCGAAGAACUGAAGAAGUUACAGGAAGAACCUUUAUUACCAGCUGCACUUAUUGAUAGAUUGGAGAAACCACACAUGUCUCUAGUAGUGUGGAAGCCCAGAGAGAGUAUCCUAGCCAACAUCCAAGAAGAAAAGAAAGAGGAUGAGAAACAUCCGCAGAAGAGGAACGGACUCCUCGUCACACCAAACCACCAAUCGGACGAUGUUGAGAUGUGAUAUUGAAGCUAAGUUACUUAACUUGAACUUUGUACCUAUAUUAACAUUAUAUGUAAGUCAGUCAGUUUUAAGGCUCUUUGUUGAUUAGCAGCUGUAUUCAAGUGACGGUCCUACGUACAUGUGACAUGGACAAAUAGAAAUGUGACUUAAUUGUGUGACGAUAUGGUUCAUAUUUCUUUGAUUAUGUACAGAAAUCUUGAGACAAUGCUUGUUGUUGAAUUUAGAACUUUGUUAACACAGUUUUCAACUGUAAUUAUAUUUGCAACAAAGUAUCGCUUACCAUGUUUUACCGUAUUAUGUGCAUAGGGUCUAGUUUUGAAUGUUUUUCGGAGCGGUUUUAAUAAAUAAUUAUCCGUAAUCUAAAUUAAAUUGUUAAAUAAGUGUCACAUUAUGUCUUAUGUAAUUUGAAGUUUGAUGUAUGUCCGGUUUAUGCUGUGGAAUUGUGCACAAAUAAAAAAUAACCCAGUUGAUAAUCAUACAUAAUAAUAACAUUAACCAUUAUGAAAAGGGUUAUUAUGUU